GGCUGCGGCGCAGGGUGGGUGCGGAAGUCGGGCUGUUGCAGCCGCUGCAAUGUUGCAAGCGCUUCCCGGCUGGUUGUUGCACCGGCCGUGCGGGCGCACAAUGUGUCUCCUGCUGGCGCUCCUCAGCCUGAUCCCGCGGGCGGCUUGCCUGGGGGAGCUGAAGGCUUUUGUGGUCGCUCACAGCCACAUGGACGUUGGCUGGGUUUACACCGUGCAGGAAAGCAUGCAUGCCUAUGCAGCCAAUGUUUAUACUUCCGUUGUAGAAGAACUAGUCAAAGAAAAGCAACGCAAAUUUAUUGCUGUGGAGCAGGAAUUCUUUCGCCUCUGGUGGGACACCACAGCCACAGAUAUACAUAAACAGCAGGUACAUCAGUUACUUCAAGAAGGGCGACUAGAAUUCAUAAUUGGAGGUCAGGUGAUGCAUGAUGAAGCUGUGACACAUAUUGAUGACCAAAUUUUACAGUUAACAGAGGGUCAUGGAUUUUUGUAUGAAACCUUUGGGAUGAGGCCUCGAUUUUCUUGGCAUGUAGAUCCCUUUGGAGCUUCUGCUACUACACCUACUCUUUAUGCUCUGGCUGGAUUUAAUGCCCACCUUAUCUCUCGCAUUGACUAUGAUCUGAAGGAUGACAUGCAGAAAACCAAGCUUCAGUUUGUGUGGAGGGGCUCUCCCUCUUUAUCUGAAAACCAUGAGAUCUUCACUCACGUUAUGGAUCAAUAACGCUACUGCACCCCAUCGCAAAUACCCUUUUCAAACAGGUCCGGGUUCUAUUGGAAUGGAAUUGCAGUUUUCCCAGAUCCACCAAAAGAUGGUGUUUACCCCAACAUGAGUGUCCCUGUUACUGAUGCCACCAUUCACCUUUAUGCACAGACCAUGGUGGCAAACAUUAAAAAGAGGGCAGCCUGGUUCCAAACUACUGAUGUCCUAUGGCCGUGGGGUUGUGACAAACAGUUCUUUAAUGCAUCAGUUCAGUACUCCAACAUGGACCCAUUAUUAGAUUAUAUUAACAAGCAUGCUGAUCAAUUUGGAGUGACCGUCCAGUAUUCCACUGUCAGUGAUUACUUCCAGGCAUUGUAUAACAGAAACCUCACAUGGGAUAUUCAGAAUUAUCAAGACUUUUCUCCAUUCAACAGCCAACCAUUUCAAGCGUGGACUGGGUUUUAUACUUCCCGCAGUGUUUUAAAAGGAAUUGCACGGAGAGCAAGUUCACUUCUCUAUGCUGGAGAGUCGUUUUUCACACAGUAUGUUCAGAAAUAUCCAGCAGGUUCUGUUUGUAAAUUCUGGGCCUUACAGCAGCUCCACAGUCUUCGAUGGGCAGUCUCUGAGGUUCAGCACCAUGAUGGUGUAACAGGGACAGAAUCCCCCAAGGUGAAGGACAUGUAUAUGAAUCACUUGAUGGAUGGAAUAGUUAAUGUGAAGAAACUGAUGGCAUCCAUAAUCUUAGACACAGACAAUGCCAAGAAGAAUGGAAAACCUAAAGACCUCAGGACUGGACCCCAAAUUCUGCCUUCAGACAUGUGUACAAGGAAUGUUGAACAAUACAUAAUUGUCUAUAAUCCCCUGGCGUGGAACAUCACUACCUUUGUCGUUGUUGCUAUGAACCACUCAGCAGUCAGUGUGUAUGAUGAAUUGGGACAUCCUGUACUGGCACAGAUCCAAAGCUCAGUAGAAUCCCCCUCUACCUAUGAUCUGUAUAUUCUUGUCACACUAAGAGGUCUCAGUUACCGAAGAUACAGCGUUAAGUUUUCAGCUGACAAGGAAUCUGCAUUCAUUGCGAGAUCAGUUAAAUAUGGACGAAAAGUCAUAAAGCAUGCUGAUCAUCAGAGUAGACGGCUGAUUCCUGUGCUUAACGACUGCUACACAGUGAUGUUGGACCAAAAUACUCAUCUAAUGCACAGCAUUACUGACAGGAAGACUAACUGGACUGUCCAAGUAACUCAGGGGUUUUUUGAAUAUCAUGUGAAUGGAGAUGUGAGGAAGGGGCCCAUUUCAGAUAACUAUUUAUUUACCCCAAAUGGAUCAGCUGUUGAAGAAUCAGAAGCAGUGGGACUGGAAGUUGUUUCUGGAAACCUAAUGAGAGAGAUCAGGCAAUAUUUUUACAGGAAUAUAACUGCUCAGGAUUACAUGUAUGUGGCAUAUUCAAGAAUCUACAGUAUACCAGGAGGUUAUGAUGAUAAGCUUUGCCACAGGAUAGAGCAAGAAUACAGAGUUGGACCUUUGGAACUAAAUCAUGAGGCAAUCCUCAGGACAAGCACAAAUUUAAACACUAAGCAGACACUUUACACUGACAACAAUGGCUAUCAGAUGCAGAAGAGACAGUACAAGGCUUAUGUGAAUAAUACAGUGGCUCGGAACUAUUAUCCUAUGGUCCAGACUGCGUACAUUGAAGAUGACAGCAUGAGGCUGAUGCUGCUUGCAGAAAGAUCUCAUGGUGUCUCAAGUCAAGGAAAUGGGCAAGUGGAGGUGAUGCUUCAUAGGAGACUGUGGAAUAACCUUGAGUGGGACCUGAAUUACAAUCUCACUUUGAAUGACAUCUCAGUGGUUCGGCCAAUGUUCUGGCUCAUCUUAGGAACUAAGCCUGUGGCUGAUGGUCUGUAUCAGACAAGUGCUCUGGCUUUAGAACACAGACCAGUUGUUAUGUAUGGAGAGCUAACAGACAAACCAAAGCUGCAUCAAGAACUUCAUUCUGUUCAGAGGGAUCCUGUAACCCUCCCAGCUAACCUGCAUCUCCAGACUCUAAGCAUUCCUGGGUGGACAUACAGCUCCAACCACACUGAGCAGCUACAGAAUAUUUACAAAGGUAUACGAAAACAAGAGGAGGCAAACUUCAGACGUGUACUUCUAAGAAUCAGGCAUAUGUAUGAAGUGGGAGAGGAUCCUGUGCUAUCUCAGCCUGCAACAGUGAAUCUGAAAUCUCUGCUGAAAGGGUUGGGAACAGUGGAGUUGGUAGAAGAGCGGUCGCUCACAGGAACCUGGGACAUAAACACUUUGGAACGAUGGAAAUGGAAAUCAGCACAACAUCUAAGCAAAGGCCUCUCCGGUAAUACAAAGACCACAGAAAACUCUACUGUGACUAUUCACCCAAAGGAAAUUAGGACCUUUUUUAUAUACUUUCAAGAUCAAUGAAAGUUGGCAGAUUAUUCCUGGGCCAACUAUUGAACAACUGGCUGUAUUUUUUUUUUAAAGAAAUGAAGCAACUGUUUUGAGAACAUUUUUCCUAGUAUUGUAAAUGGAAGGGAUAAUUAUUCUGUAAUAAACUGUUAAACUUGAUUAAAUCAUCAAAA